CCAUGUCAGGAAUCGUUCGUGAGCGGCAGGAACAGUGAAGGAUGCAGGAUUGAAGGCCGCUAAACCCGACUUGACUGAGUGGACUCGAGUCAUUUGUGGUCACCCAAAACAGUUUUCACGAUGCGCCACCUGCCAACCUAGUUUUUAGUGGACGACAGGGGAUUCAUUACUGAUAACAAAAUAAAUCGAUCUAGCCAAGGUGCACCCGCCAUGUCUCUCACUCUCUCGACGAAGACCACGCCCUUUCCUUACGCCGCGAUCGCAAUCGCGACCUACACCCAGAAAGCAGACCUGAACUACGAUGAGUCUGCAACCAGUGUCACGCUGGCUUUGGAUGGUGUCCAAUACACUGCUGAGGACGAGAUAGUAUAUGCUUUGGCCAAGGCAGGAGGAUUGGAUGCGGACAGCCCCAAGGCGGCGACAUAUUCUGAAUUGGCGAGGACACUACCCACUGUAACAGGAGUGCCCGACAUCCUAUCUGUCCUGGACUCGAUCGACAAUCAUCUCGCUUAUCGCACAUUCCUUGUGACCAACGACAUCAUCGCGGUGGACUGGCUCCUUUGGGGAGCGAUGAGAGCAUCGAUUAGGGCAUUAGGCCUGCUCAAGAAUGGGCAGCACGUCCACGCACUUCGCUGGUUUUCUCAUCUGGAAAGUCUCGAAACAACCCAGAUUGCUCUCGCGAGCGUCACCGCGGCCAAAGCAAAUAAGGCGCGGAACAAUAAGACCGCGGCAAGUUUCGCCCUAGGUUUGCAAAAUGCGAAGCAAGGUGAAGUGGUCACGCGCUUCCCGCCCGAACCUAGUGGAUACCUGCAUAUUGGACAUGCUAAAGCUGCCAUGCUGAACCAAUACUUCGCGAAGAUGUACAACGGGAAGUUGAUCAUUCGGUUCGAUGACACAAACCCAACGAAGGAGAAGACCGAGUUUGAGGAGACUAUUCUCGAGGAUUUGAGUUUGCUCAACAUCCAAGGAGACAGCAUCACACACACGUCGGAUUACUUUGACACUACUUACGAUCUCGCAAUCCAACUUAUUAAGGCGGGGAAGGCUUAUACUGAUGACACGGAACAAGCUCAAAUGCGAGAGGAACGCGGCAAGGGUAUUGCUUCCGCACAUCGCGAUGACUCAGUGGAGGAGAAUUUAAAGCAUUUCGCCGAGAUGAAAGCUGGUACUCCGGAGGGCGUGCGCUGGUGCCUGCGAGCGAAGAUUAGCGUGGAUGACCAAAAUAAGGCUCUCAGGGACCCCGUGAUCUACCGGUGCAACCUUAUACCUCAUCAUAGAACAGGGGACCGGUGGAAAAUAUACCCAACGUACGAUUUUGCGUGUCCGAUCGUGGACUCGAUCGAGGGUGUAACACACGCUCUGCGGACGAACGAAUACCGCGAACGGAAUGCGCAGUAUCAUUGGAUGAUUGACGCACUAGGCCUCCGUCCCGUGAACAUAUGGGAUUACAGCCGCUUGAAUUUCAUCUAUACACUACUGUCCAAACGGAAACUUCACUGGUUUGUUGAUAGCAAGCUCGUAAAAGGAUGGGAUGAUCCACGGUUCCCAACUAUCCGAGGGAUUCGCCGUCGCGGCAUGACGGUCGAAGCACUCUCGCAAUUCAUGCUGGCACAAGGACCUUCACAAGCCAUCGUAUCUCUGGAGUGGGAUUCUAUCUGGGCGAUCAACAAGAAGGUGAUUGACCCGAUCGCACCACGAUUGUGGGCCAUUGUCACAGACAAUAUUGUUCCUGUGAUCGUCAACGGCGCGCCAGAGUUGCCGGAGGUGAAACAGCUCCCUCUUCACAAGAAAGACCCAACGAUAGGGCAAAAGAACGUUGUGUAUACGAAGACUAUUCUAAUGGAACAGGAGGAUGCCGCAUCAUUUGAGGAUAACGAAGAGAUCACCCUCAUGGACUGGGGCAAUGCUGUGGUUCACUCAAAGACCACUGGCCCACACGGUGAGAUCACCUCACUUACGAUGGACCUGCAUCUCGAAGGGGACUUCCGUCAAACCAAAAAGAAGAUAACGUGGCUCGCACAACCCACGAACGCCCAUCCUUUAAUAGAUAUCACCCUUCUUGACUACGACUACCUCAUCACUAAGAAAAAGCUCGAAGAAGAUGAUGAUGUGAAGGACUUCGUCACUCCAGUUAGCGAGUUCCGCGAAGCUGCGUUCACGGAUGCAAACGCGAACGCACUCAAGAAGGGCGACAUCAUGCAGUUCGAGAGGAAGGGGUACUAUAUCUUCGACGGUGCUGGAGAAGAUGGAAAGUUGGAGUUUAUCAAGAUACCUGAUGGACGGGCUGCGAAUUUGGCGAGCAAGGCAGCAGGGAAGGAUACUGCAAGUCGUGAGGCACUUGCCGCUACCCCCAAGACGGCAUCGUCGGACGCUGAGCCGCGGCCAGCAUCGAAGAUGUAUGAGGUCGCAAAAGUGUGCGGAGAGCUACCCACGACUUCUAUCUCGUCCAAGAUGUAUGAAGUCAAAAGUGUAUAUGAGUGACCGGAUAAAAUAGGUACCGGUUUCCGUGAUAUACAAACCGCAUUUGUCCUUCUCUUUGACUUCUACUUAUAUACAUCCACCUGAUGACGUCUAUUACGCCUCAGACUCUGAAAGGCUACGUGAAAGAGCUACACAUACAAAGGGAGCACCUGUUUGGGUGCAUCGGGAUUCCAACACCGAGAAUCACUACAGAACGCGAUGAAUGACGAUCUGUUGAACGUCGGAACCGUGUACCGGAAAAAAAACUGACUUGGGUAUCCCACCUAAAAGGAGAAACGCAUACAGCGGCGAGGGAGUAGUUACGGAUACAAAGACGGAGAGAAGGGGGUAUAUCUUGGUUGUUCUACAAAGUAGUUCGCCGUAGUCGCCGGCGCAAAUUGGCCAGUGAUGUGGCCCUCCAAAUUUUCGGGCGAUCGUGAUCACCUGGGUAAGGAUGGAAGCGGCUUCGUCGGAGUACCUCCACCAGUAUGAAGGUAACUGA